AAGUUUAGAUAGAUAGAUAAACAGAGCAUAAGGCAAAGACAACGCCUUUUAACUCUUUCUCUCUCUUUAUCCAUCUCUCAUUCAAUGCUUUACCGGACUCACCAUUCUUUUUCUUUCUCCCACCUUCUUUCUCCUUCUUCUCCUCGCCGUUUGCUUUCUCCGCCUGCGCCUCCUCCGCCUCCGUUUGCUCUUCAGGUUGAAAUGGAACGAGGUGAAGGGGUUUUGAAACAUGGUUUAAGCAGGCCGGAGAUGGGGAUGAAGAAGCCAAACCAACAACCCAUUAGUGAUGACUUUUGGGGUUUGAACUCUCAAAAUGGGAUUUCUGGUGGUGAUGAUUUCUUUGUUGAUGACCUUCUAGACUUUUCUAAAGAUGGGAUAAUCGAAGAGGAAAAAGAAGAAGAAGCAGCAGAAGAAAAGCAAGUGAUUGAACCUGAAAAGCCACCUGCUUUAGCAGACCAACCCUUUUCCAGAAGCAAUUUGACAGUUCUUGACCACUUACGUUCAGUUUCUUGUGAAGAAUUUAAUGUUCCGGCAGGGGAUUUGGAGGACUUGGAAUGGCUUUCACAUUUCGUUGAUGAUUCUUUCUCUGGGUACCCUCUAACUUACCCAGCCGGAAAAUUGCCGGAUGAGAAUCCGGCAACGGACAGAACCCAAUCAGCCGCUGUCGAAGAGAAGCCAUGUUUUACGUCUCCUGUUCAAACAAAGGCCAGGAGCAAACGAGCCAGAACCGGCGGAAGGGUUUGGUCAAUUGGGUCAGGUUCAUUGACGGAGUCUUCAACAAACUCUUCAACAUCGUCUUCAUCCACCUAUUCAUCACCAAAUUCCAACCCAUGUUUAAUCUACGUUGUACCCAGUCACAGCCAGACAGCAGAGUCUCUUAUGGGCCAUCCUCAGACCAAGAAACAGAGAAAGAAGAAACCCGAAAACACUGUUGUUGCCGGCUUUGCCGGCAACAGCAUCGGAGGAUGUGGGUCUCAGCCAGUGAGGAGAUGUAGCCAUUGUCUGGUUCAGAAAACCCCUCAAUGGAGAGCCGGUCCUUUAGGAGCAAAAACACUAUGUAAUGCGUGUGGGGUCCGUUACAAGUCUGGUCGUCUCUUACCCGAAUAUCGACCUGCCUGUAGCCCUACAUUCUCAACCGAGCUCCAUUCAAACAAUCACCGGAAAGUGAUGGAGAUGCGACGGAAGAAAGAGGUCGACGACGAGGAAGAGAUGGGUCCGCCGCCGGUAACGAGUUUCUAAGCUCUGUUUGGUUUGGGUUGGGUUUAGUUUCAGUGAGUUAGAGAGUACUGUACAUUUUUUUUUUUUUUCUUACGGCUAGGCUAUUCUCUAUCCUAAUCCUAAUCCUAGGGUGGUGGGUAGAGACGAUCGAAUCCAGAACAGGUUAGCUAGGGGGAGAUUAAUUAUGUACUAAUUAAUAUUUAUUAAAAAAAUCGCUUAUUAGUAUUAAAUUUUUCUCCUUUAUUAAUGUUUCAUGAAUUACUGAUGACUUUCUCUGCAAAACAUUUACUAUGGGUAAGUUAUUAGGGUUCAUAUUUUUCUG